AUGGCGUUCUCUUCUUCCCUCACAACCACAUGGAUUCCGAUUCCCCUCUCUUUUUGCUUUCGCCCCAACAUCCCAACCUGUUCUUUCCCGUUCUCUCACCCAAACCGAAGAAGAAGAAGCUUUUCCGUCAACGCUGAUAACCCCCCGUUCUUCGAACCCGCCGGAUUCGGACCCCAAUCCGACCCGACCCCUCACUGCCCACCCGGCCUCCGACAGUACGAAACGAUGGCCGUUUUGAGACCCGACAUGUCCGAGGAUGAGCGCCUUUCCCUCACCCACAAAUACGAGGAGCUGCUUGUUGCUGGAGGUGGCAUGUAUAUAGAAGUUUUUAACAGAGGAGUUAUUCCACUAGCAUAUAGCAUCAAGAAGAAAAACAGGGCUGGAGAGACCAACAUUUAUUUUGAUGGUAUCUACCUCCUAUUCACCUACAUCACAAAGCCUGAGUCCAUAAACAUUCUUGAGGAGACACUGAAAGCUGAUGAUAAUGUUAUCCGGACAAUGACCUUCAAAGUUAGGAAGAGGAAAUAUUAG